CCAAAUUCCUCGUGCUCCUCGUGCGCCUCUCUGUCCUCACUCCUCUUCUGAGAGCGAGGGAGGCGGUGGCUUCGUUGAUGGGUAUUUUGAUUCCUCCCUCGUUUCUCUCCUCCCAGAAUUCUAGGGGUGGGGUUAGGGUUUGAUAGAUUCUUCCUCUUACGGUUCCGAGAUCCAAUCCUUUCUGGAGAGACGACGACGACGACGAAGAAGAGAAGCAGCUCAAAUGGAGUAGAAGGAGAAUGAUCUCCUCUCGGUUCUUCUAGGAUCAGGAUUCUCGGAAGGAGCUCGAAGGAUUCUCGGAGGGAAAUGGGGGAAGAGAAGAGGUCGGAGCGGACGCCGUGCGACUACUGCGGCGAGACGGCAGCGGUGCUCUACUGCCGCGCCGAUGACGCCCGUCUCUGCCUCCUGUGCGACCGACAGGUCCACUCUGCCAACGCCCUGGCCCGCAAGCACGUCCGCUCCCUCGCCUGCGACAACUGCGGCGCCCAGCCUGCCGCCGCCUGCUGCGCCGCCGAUGGCCUCGCCCUCUGCCCCGACUGCGACUGCGACUGCGACGCCCACGGAGGCGCCACCGCACACCCCCGUACCUCCCUCGAGGGCUUCUCCGGCUGCCCCCCCGCCCUCGACCUCGCCGCCUCAUGGGGCGUCGAUCUCGCAGGCAAGGAGGCGGCUUCUCCUCUCCACUCCGCCCCCGACAAGCUGUUCUCCGACUGGCCCUCGCUAGAUUCGAUUCUCGCCGGAGAUCCGGUGUCGCGGGAGCUUUACGUGCCCUGCGCCCCGGAGAUCCCUGCCGGUCCCAAGCGCCAGAAGAUCCCGGUCAGAAAGCAGGCGCUUUUCCAGCAGCUGACAGAGCUGGUCAAGGUGGACUCGGCGGCGGCCUUGUUGCCGCCCGACCUGAGUCCGAGGACGCCGUGCCGGACGGUCACCGGAGGGAGCGAAGACGACCGGGGCUCGUCGCAGCCGAUGCUGUACACGUCCUUGCUCAUGCUGCCCCCCUCGGGGUGCGCCGAGCUGAAGGGGAAUGAUAGGCUUGUGGAGGAUGAGGAUCUUCUGUGGGACCGCGGUCCAACAGAUCAUUCCGCUCAGAUAUGGGAUUUUAAUUUAAGAAGAUCAAGGGAUCGCAUUGAAUCUUCUUCACUUGAAAUCAGAUAUGAUACAAGCAGUGGAGGCUUUAUUAUCAAAAGUUACAGUGAUCUUCUCAAGGAGAAUUCAUUUGCAACCACAAAAAUCUUGAAAGACAUAUAUAAUGCAAAUUGCCCUUCAGCAAAUGAAGAUAUCUUGUCUUCUAACAUCUGUCAUAUACCAUCUCAGAAUUUGAGCACAGUAAACACAACAAGCAAAUGGAAAAGUAAUUCAAAUAAUUCAACAGUCAAUGGACCAACGGCCCCUGGCAACUAUGCAUCAACCACAGUUACCCCGUUGUGUUCCUCUUCGCAAGAUCCUGGACCUGGUGGCGACGCCAGACAAAUUAUUUUUGGCAAACAGCCCCUUCUAAGAAAUGAAACAGUGAAAGAAACCAAGAUGGUUGAUAGCGAGUUGCUGGCCCAAAAUAGAGGAAAUGCCAUGUUACGGUACAAAGAAAAAAGGAAGACUCGCAGAUAUGAUAAGCAUAUCCGUUAUGAGUCCAGGAAGUUAAGAGCAGACACCAGGAAGCGAGUAAAGGGUCGUUUUGUGAAGUCCACGGAAGCUGGAGAUCUUGGAAAUGAUGGUUAAAUGGAUCUCCGUUCGAGCGAACUUUGGCUGUAUAUAUCACUUGUGUUAGUGUCUUUGACAAAUUUGUUUAGAGUUAAGCAAUUUGUUAUUGCUUAAAUGCUGUUUGUUGUGACAUGGAUUCAUCCUCAGGCAUGCCUGAAUCAUGAUCAGCAGGCAUUGGUUUAUGGGUUGCAGAAGUUCCUCCUUGAGUUUGAGUGUUUCUUGUUGUAGUCCAUACUAUCUUAUCUGCUUUCAAUGAAGUCCGCUGUGAAUUAUUAUUAUUAUUA